UGCUGCCGGAGAGAUAAACACCGACAAGAAUGGUGAUGGUUGGAGAUUAUACUUGAAUGGUGUUGGUUGGAUUUAUCACAACCGCUUUGCUGGGAUCAGUUUACGUCAUUGCGUCGCGCGCAUCCUGUUAACGUCCCGCUACAGGACGAUGGUUCAAAUAGUCAUAAGGGGCAGUGUGGAUGGCAGCAGUCCUCCAGAGUGGCUGCUGGUGGAGCUGCAGGGAGAAAUGGUCUCCAGACACAACUCUGGCCUGGCUGGGAACGUGAUGGGAGAUCUGCUCUCCACCAGAGAGGGGACACCGGUGCUCAUUGUAGGACAUCAUAUUCUCUAUGGCAAGCAGCUCAAACUGGAGAAACCCCUCGCCGUCCUCACCAAGCAUUCCAGCCCCUUGGACGGCGGCGAGGAUGUCACGCGGGUCGCUAUGGAAACGAACCAGCCAGGACCCACCUCCACCUCUUACACCGUGGCCGCCCUCAUCAAACGGAAGCUGAUCUUUAAGACGCGCCCCAAACCCAUCAUCACCAACGUGCCCAAGAAGGUGUAGCGCGAUUGCGUUUUCCUCUCUGGCUCAGGUUGCUCACUCUCACCUGCUGGACACUACCGGUAGUGCACUUCAGUUGGUGUUCUCUCCGAUGUGCAGUUUGAGACGUUUGUUGUGCAGUUAGUCUACACUGGCAAACUUUGUUCUAAAUGUUGUUUCAAAGGCUUUUUCAAACUGACAAAUGAUAUUGUUGAUGGAAUAUGUUUUUUUCUCCCUGCAAAGACAAAAUAAAGAAUAUUUGAUAUCA